AUGGCCUCUCUUCCCUCUUCCUCCAACAGGACUGAACACAGGGGUCUCCCGGCCCUCCCAGACGUAUUGAUAGAGGAGAUACUUUCGCAUUUGGAAGUUCCAGAGAUGGUGAACUGCAGACAGCUCUGCUCCCGUAUAAGAGACAUCAUCGACGAUUCGGAUUACUUACAAGACAAUAUCGACUAUUACAUCGAAGAGCAAGUUAGCAUAUACAAGCUGCGAGAUGCUUUACCACCCGAGUUACAAGCCGACGACGAGGCGGUCGUACUGAACAAUGCCGCGGACUACAUGGAUGUUUUGGAGCGUUCCAACGAGCUUUUGGAAGAGAGACUGGACCGGAUAUUCCAGGAGUUGGAGGAAUUGAAGGCCACAACCUUAGAGAACGCUCGCCGAAUCCUUGGUGAGCAAGGGCUAUCGGAACUCGAUAAUGGAUUGGGAGCAGAAGAGGAACCCGCAUAA